AUGUCACGCAAUGCUUCACAGUGCUAUGUUGGUGAAAAAAUGGAAGCUUUUACCUAUUUUUACUCCUUGAUUUUUCUCAUGGGAUUUAUUGGAAGUUGUUUUGCAUUAUGGGCAUUCACACAAAGAAAUCAGAGACAGAAGUGCAUGAGCAUCUAUUUAAUUAACCUACUUACAGCAGAUUUCUUGUUGACUCUGGCCUUGCCAGUAAAGAUUAUUGUUGACCAAGGAGUCGCACCCUGGACUCUGAGGAUAUUCCACUGCCAAGUUACAGCCUCUUUCAUCUACAUGAACAUGUAUUUAUCCAUUAUAUUUUUGGGAUUUGUAAGCAUGGAUCGUUACCUUCAGCUAGUGCACAGCACCAAGAUCUACCGCAUUCAAGAGCCUGGCUUUGCCAAGAUGCUCUCUGCAGUCGUGUGGACAAUGAUUCUCCUCAUAACAGUGCCUAACAUGGCUAUUCCCACAAAAACCAUGGAAGAAAAACCUGGUGUGAGAUGCAUCGAUCUCAAAACAAAAUUUGGAAGAGACUGGCAUGUGUUAACUAACUUCAUAUGCACAGCAAUAUUCCUGAAUUUCUCAGCUGUGAUACUGAUCUCCAAUCUCCUGGUUGUUCGGCAGCUCUACCAAAACAAGCACAGUGAGAGCUACACCAGUGUGAGGAAAGCCCUCACCAGCAUCCUGCUGGUAACUGCAGCCUACCUGCUGUGCUUCCUACCCUACCACAUCAUCCGCAUCCCCUACACCUUGAGCCAGAGUGACACCAUAACCAGCUGUCCCCUCAAACAAGCUCUCUUUAAAGCUAAAGAAGCCACCAUGCUGUUUGCUGUAUCAAACCUCUGCUUCGACCCCAUCCUGUAUUACCACCUUUCCAAAUCAUUCAGACUGAAAUUCUCCAAGACUUUUGCAGCACCCAAAGAAGGGAAGGUUUCCAGUGAUGAAGAGGCACCACAGCCCAGAAGUGAGCAGUAAAUGGUGCAAAAAUCACUGAUUCUCAAGUACAGCAUCCCGCAGUGCCAAGAGCCCCUGUGCAGCUGCAGCAGAGCCACCACAGCCAGCAGCCUUCCUGCUGAAGAAACCCAAGCAGGAGAGCACCUGAACACCACGGCCAGCUUGUUGUACACCAACAGCAGGUCUGAACAAGCAGAACACCUUUCAGAAAUAAUUCCAUGCACCAGUGGUGACCUACCAAGGACCAGCAACACUGAAGAAUACAACAUGGUACGACAGACUCAAACAUACCUUAUAAUUAUUUAUGAUAAACACCCGAACUCCCCUUUUCUAAGUUAAAUGCUGUGUAGUUACUAUAUUAAAUGACUUGGUGCUAUCAAGUGAAGAGAUUAUUUAAUAGCAGUUCAUAAGCUGCAAAGUU